AUGGUAGCGCUAGAGGAUGUGCUGAGACUGGACAAGAGUGCGAUCAUGUUGGUCCUAUCCUCCGUGAUGUGGACCUAUCACGCGGCUUCGCGGCACCCGACGCACUCCUUGGAGGGCCAUGAGACCUUCGACCUGGAGCUGGGCAAGGGAUUGGAGGACGUGGGGAAGGUGAUCCUAUUCCUUCUGCCAGCCAUGUGCUUAGUGGAAUCCAUUGAUCACAUGAAGGGCUUCGCAGUGGUCACGCGCUUCAUAGUGCGAUGCACCAGAGAGAAGCCUGGACGCUUGAUGCCCAUCGUUUGCGUUUUGGCCUUCUUCUUGAGUUCAGUCAUCGACAACUUGACCGCCACCAUUGUUUGCAUCAAAAUCCUUCAGAGAGUGGUGCCACACAACCAGGAGCGGUGCGCUCUGUUCGACCAGGUGAUCUCAGUGGCUUCAAUUAUAAAGGUUCGAAUCAAGCAAGCCUGGGUUUCAGCAACCCUGCUUCCAUUUGCCAUAGUUCCAAAUUGGUAG